ACGUCACAAGGCUGGUUCAAGGCGGACGUGUAGGUAUGAAAAUAGAGGAACAGCCACCGGCGCCAUGCGUCUCUGCUGCGCUCUUGGGGUAAAAUCUGCAAAAAUUCGCUUGAUUUUUCUGCGGUUGAAUUGAUAAGGAUUAAAAAGAGAGACUUGGACGAAACGACGCGAUGUAGGUGGAGCAUUUUGUGUCGGUUUCGGUUUGUAACUUGGACACGAAAUCGAUCCAGAAGUACAAAAACAGCUGGUGUGGAGUCAUGGAAGGACACAGGAGAGAAGGAGAAGGAGCAGAUCCAGACCAAGAUCGGCAAUAUUGUGAGCUUUGUGGUAAGAUGGAGAACCUUAUGAAGUGUGGUCGGUGUCGCAGUUCUUUCUAUUGCAGUAAAGAUCACCAGAAACAGGACUGGAAGAAGCACAAGCAGGUUUGUAAGAAGGCCGAGGUCUGUGCGCACCUCCAGCAGCAGCACGCAGACUCGGGAGAACUUUCCCGAGCUAACGUGGAGAUCGAGAAGGACUCCGAACCGCAGGAGAAAGAGCAAAAGAGCAAAACACUGAGCUGCACGGUCUCAGAAAAGUCCAACGGGUCUUCCAAAGCGCACACGGACACCGGGAAAAGUGCACCUGAGAUCCAAGGAGAUCCUGAACCACCUGGUGAAGAUCUGUCCAACGGGCAAAUAAUGUCUCCUCAGCAAAAACUAGCAACAGAAUAUAUAGGCCCGUGUAUGAAUAAACACGGUAUUUGUGUCGUGAACAACUUUCUUGGUGAUGAACUCGGACUCGGCGUCUUAGAAGAGGUUCGUCGUCUCUAUACUUCAGGAGAAUUUACAGACGGACAGUUAGUCAGUCAAAGAAGUGACUCGACGAAGGACAUAAGAGGUGAUAAGAUCACUUGGAUCGAAGGAAAGGAGCCUGGAUGUGAGAAGAUAGCAGUUCUCAUGAGUCGCAUGGACGAUGUUGUCCGGCACUGUAAUGGGAAACUGGGAAACUACAGGAUUAAUGGACGGACAAAAGCAAUGGUAGCUUGUUACCCUGGCAACGGCACUGGAUACGUCCGGCACGUGGACAACCCUAACGGAGACGGGAGAUGUGUGACGUGCAUCUAUUACUUAAACAAAGACUGGAAUGCCAAGGAACACGGCGGCAUCUUACGGAUCUUUCCGGAUGGCAAAGCCCAGUUUGCUGACAUUGAGCCCUUAUUUGACAGACUGCUGUUUUUCUGGUCUGAUCGACGGAACCCGCACGAGGUCCAGCCUGCGUACACCACUCGGUACGCCAUCACCGUGUGGUAUUUCGACGCCGAUGAGCGAGCUCGAGCUAAAGAGAAAUACCUGACUGGUGCCGUAGAAAAGGUGGGGAAAGUGGAGCUGAACCGGUCGACCGAGCCGUGCUCGCUGAACAACAGUUGAACAAACCUGCCGAACGGACAAGACGACACGGAACAGGUGAUGACCUUCGGAAUGUGUUUUUAACCUGCUGCUUGAAGACAUAAACCAACAGAGAAGAAUGACAGAAACGACUGCACUGAGAUCGGACGGGAUGCGGCCAUGCGAUAACGCCGCACCGCAUGAGUAUGUAGUGUCUGUGCUGCGGUCCGGCAAUUUGUUUGUAAAUGGAAUCGGUUCUCCGACGUCGUCGGCUCUGAUCUUGCGACGGCUGCAGACCUGCGAAAGCUUCUCUACGUGAAAGCACAUGUUCUAAUCGAAAAAAACAGACUGUUCAGUCUUCUCUUCAUGAUCUGAUGCCUCUUGUGGAGUUUCACCUCUCUGAAUUUAAACUCUAGUCGAUCGAUAAUUGCGGCAUCGGCUUGCAGUGAGAUCGUCAGCGAAAUACACGCCGAGGUAUCACUAACGAACACGCGUGAGAUUGGGCAGAGUGGCGAAUCAGAUCAGACAUGUCCUUGUCCUUUUAACUUAGACCAGAUUUUAUUUCCACACGUUUUUCAUUCAUUCAUUUGUACACAGCAAAGAAAGAAAAGAAACCACGGAUAAACAACUAAAGAUGUCUAACUGAAUUGAGAGAAGAAAAAAACCACUCGUUUUUGCCCGAACUUGUCCGUAACUGACAACUUAACUGACACGUUGUUGUUGUUUUUUUUGUUGUUUUUUUUGUUGUUUUUUUAAUCGACAUUUAACAUUCAGAAAUUCAGCCAAUACUACAAAAAAAAUCAGAAUUUCAUAUGUUAAUAUAAUCACCUUUUUUUAAUACUAAUACAUUUAAUUGGUGAUUUUUUUUUUUUCUGUGCUCUAGAUAUGGGUGCGGUUUAAGAGAAAUAAUGCGGCUUCAUGUGUGAAUGCAUGGGAGGUGAUGAUCUGAACCUUUGCUGUCUUUUUUUUUUUUUAAAUUGUACAAUUUUUAGGUUUAUUACUGAAUUUUUGAUUUAUCUUUUUCAGGAGCAUGACAAGGAAGAAUUUUUUUUAAAGGGAGAAAUAGUUUGCGCUGCGGCGGUCUAUUAAAAAUCAAACCAAAAGGAAUGACACAAUGAGCGAACACCUCUGUGGAAUUCGAGGACUUUCACUUUGUUUUAAAGGUUCUGAAAAUGUUCUGGUCACAAGAAUAACGUGGUGUUGUCCGGAAACGAGUAUUCUAUCGUUUGUGUGAAGGAUGUGGCAGGAUGUGGUGGAUGAGACUGAUUGUAAUGAACAGGAGAUUAAUGAGGACAUUGAUCUCUCCUCCUGAGUGAGAACGCUGGCAGCUAAAACCUUCUGAGGGACAGGAAGGAAGUAGUCAUCUCCAUGUUUGCUGUUUACUGUUGUAGCGCCGCUGUUGGUACAUGUCUGGAAAAGGAUUUUGCUGCCUUACAGCUCCAGGGUCCAGAGGUUUGAUCCUGAGCUCAGGUUACAUCAGUUUCCUCAAAAAAACCUGCAAGUAAAGUGGAAUGGCUAAAAAAUAAUUUCCCCUCAAUGUGAAUCAAAGUUUAUGCAUGCGAGAGCGAGCGAGAGAGCGUGCGUGCGUGCUUGCGAGACCGAGCGUGCGUGCGUGCAUGCGAGAGCGUGCGUGCGAGAGCGUGCGUGCGUGCAUGCGAGAGCGUGCGUGCGUGCAUGCGAGAGCGAGCGAGUUUAAGUGCGAGUGUGAGACAGCGUUUGUGUUUGAAUUGUGUUUGAUUGAGAGAGUGUGCGUGCGAGCGAGAGCGUGCGUGCGUGCAUGCGAGAGCGUGCGUGCGAGAGCGUGCGUGCGUGCAUGCGAGAGCGAGAGCGUGCGUGCGUGCAUGCGAGAGCGUGCGUGCGUGCAUGCGAGAGCGUGCGUGCGUGCAUGCGAGAGCGUGCGUGCGUGCAUGCGAGAGCGUGCGAGUUUAAGUGCGAGUGUGAGACAGCGUUUGUGUUUGAAUUGUGUUUGAUUGAGAUGGAUUAAAAUAUAACAGUGACUGCUCCAAGUAUAUAAAUGUAUAGAGUCCACUUUAAUAGGAACACCAGCCGAUCAGGUGGCAGCGGCGCAAGGUGUACAGAGAUAUGAAGCAACAGUCUGAUCUCUCUGACUUUAACCUGACUUUCGCACACAACACGUUUGUACAGAAUGGUGCAAAAAACAAACAACAUUGUGUGAGCGACAGAUCUGUGGGUGGAAAUGGCUCGUGGUUACUCACUAAAAGCAUCCAGCCUGCACAGAUAACUGCAUGAACGUGCGGGUGCUCGUGGUAAAGAGGACAGUGAGUGUAUCUUAAUAACGAAUGGCCCUUGUCAUGCCCUCAUACAGUACCGUAUUGUACACGCAGGUGAACGUCUCUUUUUAUCGUAUUAAUUGUAGGUGAGUCAAAUGAAACCCUUUUCGAAAUUGUUUAUUGCACAGAAACAUCACAAACUCCGUUUCAUUUUCCCCUCCUCUGCCUUCUGUGAGCCUUCGGUCUCUUUCUCUAAACUGUCGCACUUUUAAGGCUUUCAUUCGACUCAUCCGUGGAUUUUAAAUCCGAUGUACAAAAGUAUUCGUUUUACCGUCUGCAUAUUCAACAAAAUUAUAUUUUAAUAUCAUUUUUUUGAGAUUUAUUUUUUUUUGGCCAAAAUGUUUGUGAUUACUUAAAUACCAUUUAGUCGAUGGAAAAUAUUAUUAUUAUUUUUUUCUUUGCUGCUGUAAAUUUGUAAGGCAGUAUUCGACAGAUUCUACAGUGUUCACUGGUUAUUUACGCUGAUGAAAAAUAAACUAAUAGUAAAAGA